AUGAUGCAACCCAAGAGAAAACAACCUGUAGCAGCUCGCAGGUCAGCCAGACUAGCUAAGAAGCGUCGAACUAAUAAGCCGGAGGAAGAUGGACAGGCACCGCAGCAAGAUAUCGAAGAGCCAGAGUUCAAGGCAGAGCCCGAGUCAGAGGAUGAAACAUCACUUGCCGAAGAUGAUCUAACAUCGCUGUUAGUUACGCCCAGAAUUAAGGUCGAAGACGGACGUGAUGAUGGCGCCGAUGCAGAUGACGAAGCUGAAGACAUCCAGGGAGGAGGUGACGUGGAUGAACGACCCGAAUCUCUUGAGGGUGAACCGGAGGUAAAUACCCCUGAUGAUGAAACGGAUUAUGAACAGUACAUAGUGUACGAAUCUGACGAUCCUGAGUAUCAAGAAAUACGACGCAAACGUGUGAACGCAGAGAUACAGGUAUCACCAUUGCCCAACCUACCGCGAAUUCCUCGAUUAAUCACAACACUUCGUGGUAAUGGCAGAAAUACUCCGGAUCAACGCCUCACAGCAAGUUCUGGAACCAAUAGGCUCCCAAACUUUCUCGAUAAAUACGGAACCCGGCAUCAUAUCCUCAUCGAGAUCUUCAAGCAAAUAUUAGACUACCUGUAUCAACAGAAAGAUGACAUUACCGCUACUUCGAUAUCCCUUACCAAUGUUUUUAAUUACGGACUUGUCUUCGAUGUUUUUGGACUCGGUAUGCGUAAGAGAAUCAAGGAUUUGCUACAGUUUCGACCAGUGGAAUCAUGGGAAACAGGUUUUUUUGAUCUCCCAUUUCUUUCUGCUCCAUCCUCGAGGCCCACAGUUUGCCUUCGACAUGUUCUUCAUUCCUGGUUUCCAGAACGACUCACAUGGAUUCAGUAUGGCAAAAAAACAACUAAAGCGGAAGGACGACGGAUGGCGCUUAAGGAACAUAAAACACGACUUAGACAAGGUCGGGAGAAUAAACGCAACAGAAGAAUUGCCAGGUUGUCAGAAAUAAGGGAAGCACAUGCGGAGGAUUCAGAAUUCUCAGAUGAUCAUGAUUGCUUUGAGAGUCAAUGUGCUCUUAAUCCCGAAACGGCUCACAAGGAAAUACAUUAUAUCUCUUCCGGGCGCGAUCCGGUUACAGAUUCCGAGGCAACGAAUUCUUUUGUCGAAGACUCGGAUGAUGUAGGAUGGGCGACUGAGGACUCAAUGCUAGCAGCAUAG